AUACUCUGCCUCUUCCAGUUCUGCUCCUGUCAUCUUUUCAGAUGAACAACAUCCUUCUGCAGCUACCUUGGACUUCAAUUUCCUCUGUAGCCAUCCUUCCUCCUCUGUCUGCAAUUAUUUAAUUUCUUUGCCAGAGGCAAUUUCUUUCAUCUCCUGCCAAAGAGAGGGACUCCAUACAGUUACUGGGAAAAGCUUUGGAACCAAAGACUUUCGAGCAGCUCUAGAAAAUGGAGUCCUGUUGUGCGAUUUGAUUAACAAAAUCAAACCUGGCAUUGUUAAGAAGAUCAAUCGUCUGUCAACUCCAAUAGCUGGCUUGGAUAAUAUAAAUGUUUUUCUGAAAGCUUGCGAAAAUAUUGGACUGAAAGAAGCUCAGCUUUUUCAUCCAGGAGAUCUUCAGGAUUUGUCCAAUCGAGUUACAGUCAAACCAGAGGAGACCAACAGAAGAGUGAAAAAUGUUUUGAUUACAUUAUACUGGCUUGGGAGAAAAGCACAAAGUAACCCUCAUUAUAAUGGUCCAUACCUCAACCUUAAAGCAUUUGAGAAGUUAUUAGGGCAAGCAUUGACCAAGGCACUUGAAGAGUCCAGCCACCUGAACAGAAGUGGCAGGGAUAGUGGGUACGGUGACAUUUGGUACGUGGACCGGGGAGAACCCUUUCCACCUUCAGCUAGCCAUAAAAGAGACGAUUCCUUUGAUAGCUUGGACUCUCUUGGCUCAAGAUCCUCUACAAGCUUUUCAUCAGAUAUAACCUUGAAAGGUGGAAGUGAAGGUUGUGAUAGUGAUACAGACUCAGAACUGCCUUUCAAAAUGCGUGACUCCCAUAAAGAUGACAGGUCAUACCGAAGGAUUGCAGUGAUUGAACCAAAACCUACUACUGACUUCAAUCGCUUCUUACCUAACAAAAACAAGCAGCCAACAUAUAUGCCAGCACCCUUAAGGAAGAAAAGGACAGAGAAGAAUGAGGACAAUAGAAGGAGCUGGGCAAGUCCUGUCUACACAGAGUCAGAUGGAACAUUUUCAAGUGGACAUGAAAGGAAUCCCGUAGCUUCCUGCCAAAAUAGCAGAGCAGAGUGUGGGCUCACAAAUCCAGCUUCCCUCCAGAUGAUCUAUGAGUAUGACAGUGGCUCUGAUUCAGAAGAUGAAAGAAGGCUGCCCGACGUGGUUAUGGAUGACUUAGCAAAACGUAGAUUUCUAGACAAAAAGAGCCCUGUAAGCUCUGCUGCACCUGGACAUCAUUUCAUGUUGCGCAAUGACUCUUCUAAAUCUUGCUCACAAGAAAAUGAUCCAGCUGGUCCACUAGCUGCAAUGCUUGAACCACUGAGUAACCAGAGGAGGCAGAGGCAGUUGGAUACUAAAGUGGAAAACAAAGCAAGAGUUAACAUUUCUUCAGAAUUAUCUGGGUAUUUUGAUGAGGACGAGGAAGAAGAAAUAGGCAUCCCAAACAUUGAAAAAGAUGAUCUCUAUUUUCGCAAGCUAAAUUCUUCAGCGUCAAAUACAGUGGUUGCUUUUGACAAAUUUCUUCCUAAGUUUUGGACUCCAGAAGAAGAAUUACUAUGGAAAAAAAUCAGGAAAUCCUCUUUCAAACCCUGGUAUAAAGAGAUUCAAGGGUUCAGUAGAAAGAAAUCAGAUUCUGAGGAUGUGGGAUAUGCUUAUAAACAAAGCUCUGCCAUUGUUGCUAACCAGCCAAGACCAAGUUUCGAAUGGAACAGCAGUUGCAGAAGGGAUCAAAGCUAUAAGCCAACUGCUGAGUACGUGGGAAGCUCAUUGACACAGAUUACAGAAGGAAAAAUCUUGGAGGCUUCUGACCAGCCCAGUCAGUUUUCGUUACUUCAGGCCCUGCAAAAAUACUCUGACUACUUGUCUUCUGAAACGAAGACCAAAAUUGAUCCUACUUCUGGCCCUAGGCUCAUAAAAUGUAGAAAGAAUAUUUCCUUUAUACCAGGAUGUGACCAAGGAGACAAUGAAAAUGUGUAUCUGUAUCCAGAUUUAGAAAAUGAUGAUUUGUUUGUUCGCAAAACUGGUGCUUUCCAUAUGAAUCAAGUUGUUCUCCAAGACCCCCAGUACUUUAAAAAACUCUCUGAGCAAGAGCCUCUUAUAGAGGGUGAAAUAAUUCUGCAGCCCAGAGAAGGCCAAACUGUGAUUCCAGAUUUGGAAAAGGAUGAUAUGAUUUUUCGUAAAAUCCUCUCUCAGAAAAAAGAGGUGCCUUUAUCAGGUGCUCCAGACAAGUAUCACCCUGCACUCUUUCCUGAUCCUUGGAGUCUUCCUGAGGAAAUACGGUCCAAAUUUCUAUGUUUACUUGAAAAGACUGCAACACCAGAAGACAGAAAGAGCAAUGGUAGAGUGUUGUCACCGUCUUCCCGACAUAAGAAGGACGACAUGCUGACACGCAAGAUUGAAUCUUGGAAAGUGGGAAGCAGUGCACAGCCAGUAAACUUUAUCCCAGGUCCAUGCAGUGAAGAAGACUGGAAGAAGUGGGAAGCAAUCAGGGAAGCCAGCAAAGUUAGACACAAGAAGCGUCAGAUGGUGGAGAGACUGUUUCAAAAGCUUUCUGAUGAGCAAGGGAGUAAAUCUUUGAAUGAUGUCAGUGCAGAGGAGCUGCAGUCAUUGCGCAAAAUCCGUUACGAAGAACUACAAAGGAUAAAAGAACAGCUGCAAGAACAAGAUCUGAAGUGGCAAGAAGAUCUAGCAAAAUGGAAGAAUCGUAGAAAGAGCUUCACUUCAGAAUUGCAAAAGAAAAAGGAAGAAAGAGAAGAAAUAGAAAGGAGAGCCUCUGAGGUUUCUGAUAGGAGCAGCAAGUCACUGAAAGAAAUGCAGCAGGAAAGGGAGGAUAGAGAUCAAGACUCCUACAGGCAGAGAAAAUAUGAGCACAGAUGGACGUAUUCACUGAACGAUGAUGUGUUUACUGAUGAGAAAGAACCUUCUACACGGUCAGUGGUGAAAGAUUACCUUUUGGAAGAAGAAACCUCCUACAGCACUAAAGACAGCAAAAGCCUGUCUGCUGCUCAAAGGAGCAAGGAUCAUCUGCCAAAGCAGGAGAGUUCUGCCACACGUGAAGCUCCUGCUCCCUCGAAGAGCCUGGCAGAAGAGCAGAGCUCCUCUCUUUUGUCUACGCGCUACUCAGUGAAUGCUCAAACUGGGUCAGCUCAGGUUUCAGCUUCUCUCCCUAGAAAUUACCAGAAAACUGAUACCUCCAGGUUAACAUCCGUGGUUACACCAAGACCUUUUGGUGUCCACUCAAGAGGAAUCUCCUCACUUCCGCGGUCACUCACGAUGGAUGAUACCCAGAAAUACAAUGGAGAAGUGGAAAAAGCUAAAAGAACUCAAACUUUUUUAACUAGCAGUUCAUUUUCACUACCAGACUCUUCAUACUCUCUCUCUACCAGCGUACUUGGAAGCAGAGGUGAGGAGGAGGAGGAGGAAAGAGGUGUUAAGACAACACCUAGUCCUAGUUUGACAUUACCUGUAAAACCCCAAGACCAAGAUGCCAGAGGCAGUAUUCUUAAAUCAGAAUAUUGUUCUCCUGCUGAUUCUGUUUCACUUGCAUCUUCUGCAGAAAAUGUGAGUCUGCCAGAGCAUGAGGAUUCAAAACCCCUGGAACAGUACAGUGAAUUGAGAAUCAGUCUAAACCAGAGACCUGGCCACAGUCGCAACUUUGGGUUUACAACAAAUUGGACUUCAUCAGGGGCCUUUGUACAAACAGUUGAAGAAGGUAGCCCUGCAGAACUUUGUCAGCUGCAUGUAGAUGAUGAGAUCAUUGCUAUCAAUGGCACAAAGAUUUCACAUAUGGACUAUAGUCAGUGGGAAGAAGCCAUCAACAAAGCACUAGAAACUGGAAACCUGGUCAUGGAUGUUAGACGAUAUGGAAAGAACGACUGGGGCAAAGACCAGCCUUCCCUGCCACAUGUAAGGCACAAAAUCCUCAAUCUCACCAGUAUGGGUACCAACAUUAUAGGUACAUCUGAAAAUAAAUGGAUUGAUGCAACUUCUGGAGAAAGUGUUUCGAACGUUUCAACCAUAUCAUCAAAAAGAGAAUUCUCCAGCAGCCUUCAAAGUUCUAGCACAGAAACAAAGUUGAUAAAUGGAAUGCAAGGAGACCUUGGAUCUAAUGAACAAAGAGCAUCUGAACCAAUUUCUUUGAAAAACUUAAAAAGACGGUCACAAUUUUUUGAACAAGGAGGCCCGGAGCCUGCACUGCCUGAUCUCCCAGUCCCAUCCAUUAGUGCUUCAAGUCGUCGGGUUUGGGAUCAAGAGGAGGAACGAAAACGACAGGAAAAAUGGCAAAAGGAGCAGGAUCGUUUACUGCAGGAGAAAUACAAACGAGAACAAGAAAAACUGAGGGAAGAAUGGCUGAGAGCCAAGCAAGAAGCUGAAAGAGAGAACUCCAAGUAUUUGGAUGAGGAGCAGACCGUUCUAACCUUAAACACACUCUCUGUCUCUGCACGGGCUCCAUCUGUGUCCAGCUGGGGGGCAAGCCCUGAAGCAGGUACUCCUGAGGAGCAAGAAGGAGAUGUAGGAAAUGAGCUGGCAGCACACUUGCUGGGCAAGGAAGAAGAGAGGAGACAUCAGAAGGAAUGGAGUGUCCAGGAAGAAGCAGCACUGCGUUUUGAGCAAGAAAGGGAACUUGAAGAACUGGAGCUUGAAAGACAACGUAAAGAGAGGGAAAAGCAGUAUGCUGAGGAGCAGAGGCGGCGGGCAGAGAUGGAGGAGCAGAGGCGGCGGGCAGAGAUGGAGGAGCAGAGGCAGCGGGCAGAAAGGCUGAAGGAGGUGUCGGUGGAGACAUCUCAGUACCAAAGAAUUUAUGAGCAUUAUGAAGGACCUAAAACAAUAGAGGACCGACCUGGCCAUCCUCUCAUUGAGAGGCAUUAUGAAUGUUAUGAAACUUCCAAAACCAUUGAGGAGCAUCCUGGUCAGUCAUUGUCUGACAGGAAUAAAUCCAAGUCAACUUCAGAAUUGAAUGAAUUCACUGCAAACAGAAAUGGUACUCAGGGCAAGCAUUCGGAGAGGUCUUGGAACACAGGUGACCUGCAGAAGGGGUCUCAGAAGGAGCACAACCUGUCUGCGGCAGAGUUAGAGAGACAACAAAUCCUUCAGGAAAUGAGAAAGAGAACAUCUCUACACACGGACAGCAGCUGGAUUAGGCAGCGCAGUUCCAGUGUACAUAAGGAGCCUAUUAGUCUGUACGGCAAUAGUAUGAGGAGAGGGGAGUCAUUGGACAACCUUGAUUCUCCAAGAACAAGCUCGUGGAGACACCAUUCGUGGUUAAACCAGUCUGCCUCCACUUCAUCUCUGUCCUCUAGUCAAGAUCUCAGUCGCCCGGUGUCCACUUCAAACCGAGCCUACAUGUGCACUCCUUCCUCUGCCAAAGCACCUCCUGUGGCCUCCUCUGUGAGGGCCCCAUCUGUGUCCCAGCCAGCCCCCCGGGUUCAGUCUCCCAUCUCUGCUUCCCAGUCAGGGUCACAGACACGCAGCAGGUCAGUCAGUGGGAAGAAAAUCUGUUCAUACUGUAAUAACGUUCUGGGCAAAGGAGCAGCCAUGAUCAUUGAGUCUCUUGGUCUUUGUUAUCAUUUACAUUGCUUUAAGUGUGUUGCCUGUGGAUGCGACCUUGGGGGAUCCCGCUCUGGAGCCGAAGUCAGGAUCCGAAACAACAAACUCUUCUGCAACGACUGCUAUAUCCGAUUUAAAAGUACAAGUUCAGCAGGAAUUGAUUUACUUACAGAUCUUAAUUGAAAGGUGCAGUAUAACUUUUUUCCUUUAUUAUAGUUUGCAGAAUUCUGAUUUAUGGAGCAUGUUAAGGAUUUGAAUAGUAGUGUUGUUUUUUUUUUCUGCUGUCAUACAUGAUAGUAGACAACCUCCUAAUUUUGAGAAAUCUUAGGAAUUUUAUAUAGCUUUAUUUUUAUGUAGCAAAUAUGGAAUUAUCUAGAAUGAUAGAAUUCAGCUAAGGGGAAGGAAUGAUUUUCUUGGAAGCAUGCAUGUUUUCACAUGAGCCCAGCACGUUUUUCUCAUUGUGGUCCAGAAGGCAGUGAAGGGAACAGGAUACUAAUACUACACAUGAGCAGGACUUCAGCAUCUGCUGGCUGAGAAGCCCAGCUCAGAAAAAGAGAAGCUCUGUAUCUGAUGCUUUUGCUGUUUUCAGGUUCUUUUUGGCUUCCACGGGGAGGAAAAGCUGACUGCACCAUUGAAAUGAUUGUGUGAUGCCCUAGCCAAAAAAAAAAAAAAAAAGGCAGUAAACCCCACAUCUCUACUUGACGCUAACAGUGUAUUCACAGAGACCUAAUAUUAAGUGCAGGGACACCUCUGCAAUCAGUGGAAGGAGGAAGAAAAUACUCCCCACCCCCCCUUCCCUCUGGAGAUGAUCCAGAGCACUGGGUCAGAUCUCUCCAAAUGCAUGUUUGGAGAUUAUAUCUCCUUGUUGAGGACGAGACUGUGCUGAAGUGACCGUGUUCCUAACUAAAGCACCAAAAUGUGUGAGCAAUUCAAUCUGGAGCCUGCUCAUGUUAUUUUAGCUUUACCUAUCUUUUCUUUUGGGUGCAAAAUUGCUGUAUUAGUUUGGAACUGAAAAAAAAAAAAGUUUAUUCCCUGACAAGACAGUAUUCAGCGAUGGAACUAACUCAAAACUUUAUCAUGGAUAAAACACUAUUUAAUCUCUCUGACAGUAUAGCCAAUAAAGUCAUGACAGUGAGUAGUCUUUCAGAAGCAAAAUUAAUCUCAGAGAAGUGGCUGUAUACCCUUUAGUGGCUGUAUACCCUUCCCUUCAGACUGCAUCUUCUUGGGUCAGUGGGCACCUCAUAAUGUAAGAUAGCUGAUGCGAACUUGUGGGUAGGAAAUGAAAUAUUGAAAUUAGUGAUUUGAACAAUACAAAAACUAGCUAUGUGAUUAAGGCAAUGAAAAUAUAUACUGACAAUGCAGCAGUGGUCUGUAAUGCAGAUAAGUUUUUGUUUGCAGUUAACAUUUCACAUCACUCUGAUAAUUCAGUAGUUUGGAAUGUGAACAUAUUGGCUAAAAUGUUUGAACUGUAGGAUUAUUAAUAUUCAAAAUGUAAUUUUACAGUCAAAUAUUUCUGCACACUGUUAUGUUGAUUUUGUUUUAAGCUUAUAAUAUUGUAGUGAAACACUGGUGUAUUGGCAGGUUCCCUCAAAUAUAUGUAGAGAGAGAGGAUAACCUUUUUGUUUUUAAUAUAUAUUGCCAUAAUUAUUUAGCAAAUCCUAAUCCAAUUUAUUGAAGGAUAAAUUCAGAAAAACUGUGACCCUCUGUUUGUGCUGAUACUAAAAACAAUUCCUAAGAAUUUGGUAAGGUGCAUGUUCUGUGGAAAACUACUUGGCCUGAAAUAUUUGCAGUGCUGUAAUUGAAUUAAAUCCAAGCUUUUAUUGCUUAUUACAUUUGACUUUCUAGACUCACAAUGUAUGCCUUACACUUUGUUACCAAUUUCAUAGAUACUGGUAACACCAUUGUCUGCAAUUUUUAAGUGAAAAUUUUAAUUUUUGUCAGGAAGAUUCUUCAAUAGCU